AUGCCUCUGACCGUCACCAUCACCAUCACCAUCGCCAUCCGUCACCGCUCGAUUGAAAACAUACGCACGACUCUCCGCUCGAUUGAAUACAUGCCCUCGCCUGCGCCUUUUCAAGAAAUCAACUCGGUGCACAUCCGCUAUCGUGGUGGCUUGAAGUAG